CAUGCGAGGGGAAGCAAUGUGGAAAUCCCAAAUUCCCUCAGCCCUGUAUGGAAUGAAUGUGGAACAAAUACUCCAGCAGUUUGUUUAUACCAAAUGCCAGCGUUCCCACUGGAUUUAUGCUGCUACUGAUUUGUUGUUUCACUGUGUAAACAACACAUUAGUUUUUUUAUGGAUUGCAAUCCCUAGACUGUUUGAUUUUUGCUAUUGUUAUUUUUUAUACUACAGUUUUACAUUUUUUAAGAGGCAGGUAAAGAAUGAUCCUGUUUAGAAAUAGUAGUUAGAAGAAUGGAAUUUAUUUAUUUAUGUGCUUUGUGUUAAUUUUGGGAUUGUUUGAUGUGCUGGAGUGGAAAUAAAAUUAAAUUAUUAGUACUUCAUGUGGUUUACCCAACAACAAAUCCCAAAAAGAUUAUUAAAUGUAAGCUUCUAAGUUUAUUAUUUAUUUUAUUUAUUUAAAGCAAAAAAAUCUAUAAAAAACAUAACUAGAAGCACUAUCUUCCAUUUUAUCCAUAUAUUUUAUUUUGUUUUGUACAGAAGCACCAAACAAAUAACAAACGAGUGAAAAUUGUGCACUCUGAAAGCAAAAACACUAUUAAAACUAUUCAAACUAUUAAAAGCAAGAAUUUUAAAAUGCUAUAUUUUUCCUUAAAGUUCCUCUCCAGUCAUCUUUUGAUCAACUGUGAAAUGGUUCACAAAAAAAAAAAAACUUGUUUUCAAGGACAUAGUGUCUGCAGAGUGGCAGGAGUUCAUUAGAAUUUCGCCUCUUAACUGUAGGUGGGACUGUUCAUGCAGAGUAAGACCGCCCCAACUUCCCGUUAUCCAUCUGCUCACUAGGGGUGUGGGAAAAAAGAAGACAAUUUGAAUCGUUUUAUUAAUUUUAAAUAAUCGAAAAAUGUAUAUGAUUCCAAGUAAAAGUAACAAGCGCAACUAAAUGUGAAGCGUUUUUCACUGACAUUGAAGAGCACACAGACCUUUCAGAUCUCAUUAUCCAACUGGCCCCCACUUCGCUUAAAGUGGCCGUUUGGAAGUAUUUUGGCUUUCAUAGUGUCUAGGGUCAAUUGGAUAAAAGUCACGCAAUGUGUAAGUUAUAUCACACCAAAAUUAAAUAUGUAGGGAACACAACAAAUUUGUGAAAUCACAAUGUGCAGUUUUCUAGACACUGCUUAUUUAGUUUGACAUGAGUUAAAGAGUGUUUCAUUGAAGCUGGUCUAAUGAUAAAACAUACAUUGUCUUAUUUAAGGUUAUUCAGGGAAAAUGUUUCCAUUUUGAUGCUAUGAAUAUCAAGCGAAAUAUUUUUCAUGUCAGAAUUUUUAUGCUCUCAAUAAAAGUUAAACAAGCAUACUGAUCUUUUCUGUACUUAAUAAUGCAUUUUGAUGGAGAAAAGUAAGAAACAUUGGUCUAUUUUCUUGUAGUAAAGAGAAACAUUUCUAAAGAAAAUACAGAUCUGGGAUGAAUUUAUAAUAGUUUCAUAAUCGAAUCGUCCUCAAUUGUAAUCAAACUGAACCGUGAGGUGCCUCAAAAUAACCCGCCUCGUAUGAAGAAACCAAAGACGUUCAUGGAUCUAAUCGUCUACAAGUGGAUGCAUCAGAAUGGAACAGAGCAGGAGGCUUUUCACAAAAACAAGAACAUGUUAAAAAAAAACACCAAAACACAAUUUUCAUUGGAGUGGGUCUUUAAAGAAAGAGCAGUGGAAUCUUUGAUCAGAUUUUUGAGACUAUUGGCUCUGAAAAAGCCCCUAUAAAACCUGAAUAAAUGUAAAAGUCACAGCUCAAGUCAAUUACUCUACUGUAAUAACUGCAAAGAGCACUUCUGACCGUAAGAUUUCCCUCCAGUGUCAAAUAAUAGUGAAAAAGUAUCUAUAGUUUCUUAUAAAAAUGGACUCAAAUGUAUUAACAGGAAAUGUCUCACACAUAUUUUAUGAAAACUUCUUUAUCUACCCUUAUUGACUCCUUUAAAAUGGAUAUCCGCUCUGUCCUGUCAUGUCAAUUACAACAACUGUGCCUUAAAUUAAACUGUCAGAAAGCUAAGUGCAUGAGACUGUGAGAUGUUCCAAGACUACUGGUCCUGUCUUAUGAAAAGCAGGAAAAAUAAGUUUAGAGUGGGUGAAUGUAAAGGAUCCCUAAGCACUCUUGUAUUGUAUUUUUCUAAAGUUUAUGUGCCCUUAAAACCUUUGGAAAUAAAGAGAUCAUAUGAAUUCUUUUAAAGCUGUGGGAGAGUAAAUGAUAAACAUGCAUUAGAUUAAAAUCUUAGUGGUUCUGCUUCAUUAAUUCAAUUAGAAAUAUGUAAAUUUAGUGGAAGAUAAAAUACAAACACAGCAACACAUUUGGUUACAUUUUAUACUUUCCCAACAAAGUAAAACUUGGGGAGAAAAAAAACCUUAAGCUUUCCCUUUGGUCUGUUUAAAAAUAAAACAGUAUGUAGAAACUGUUUUGAUUGAACACCUUGUGGUAAUUAGCGGUACUGCACCCUUUUGUUAGGAUGUCAACUGAAAGAAAGCUUCUUGAGAGAAAAACAAUUGGGAUCUUCAUUUGUAAUAAAUUUGAAUAAAUUGUGCACUUUUUCUGUUUAUAAUUCCUUUUUCUGAGCUUUUUUGUCAUUAGUGUCCUGCAUCUAUGCUCUUUUAAAGUAUGGCAUAUUAUGUUGUCCGUUUUUAUGAAGAGAGUUGAAUCCCUUUCAGUAAUAGCUUUAAUUGUAUAGUAAUUUUCUAACUUUUUUUAUUUUAAUUGCAAAUUAUUCUAUUAUUAAUAUUAUUUUAGCUCUUACAGGUUAUUUACCAGGUGAAGUUUAUGCUUGCAGCAGACUGAAAGUUAGUCAAACUAAAACCUUUUCUGAUUGGUAACAGUAUUCUACAGAGGCUCUCAUUUAGCCACUGACAUUUGAAUCAAAAAUGAUUUAUGAACAGGACAUUGCAUAUUCAUAAACAUUUACUUGUAAAUAUGCAAAUUGACUAAUUUGAACUUCUACCGGAAAGUUGGUACAAAAUGCCACAAUAUCAGCAUGUUACCACAAAAAAAUACAUAUAAAAUAACCACUCUGAUGGUUUAAUGACCUUUAAGUUAAUGUUUUAUCAUGUAAACUCUAGUAAAGUGUGCUUUUUAUGUUAAUCUGGUGUUUGUGAACAUUAGGCUUUUAUAUUUUCAGUCUUAACUUUAUAACUUGUUGCCUUUUUUCUUUCCCUUUCUUUGUAAGUUUUUUUUUAUGUUAUUUGACUAAAUUGUGAAAAUAAUGACAAAAUUAAACAGGUGAUGCAACAAAAAUAUGCCUACACUAAUGUCUUUACAUACAUUUUUUUCAAUAUUUAGAGAUUAAGUGGUGUCUGUGAUUUGUGGUUUAUUUGAAGUUAUAAAUUAAAAAUUGUCGGUAAAUAUGUUAAUAAGUAGUAAGUAACAAAGACAAAUAAUUAAAACGACUUUUUGAAACUCUAGAGGCUGGAUGGUUCAGUUGGGUGCAUGCAGGACUUGGCUCAUGGUAAACCAGGCUUUGUUUACCGGGAUGUGAUGAGCUUAUUCCAGUGUUGGUCCCUAGGAAAGACUCGUCACACUGUUGCCUCCCGAUUUAUCUAGGUCUCCCGGAUCAAACAGGGUUGUGUCAGGAAGGGAAUAAACUCAGACUGGUUCACUGUGGCGACCACUAACAGGCUCUGCUGAAAGGUGAAAAACAACUUUUUGUAUAACAUUAUAAGUUAAAUAAUGUUCACCUUUUAACUUUAAGUGUGGAAGUUUUGUGUUUUUGAUUUUGUGACAUAUAUCUUAACAUCCUCCUAUAGAGGCAGCCAGUUUUCACUUGAUCCACACAUACAUUUUUGAUUUGAUUUAAACUCCUGUUUUAAGUUUAGAUCUGGUGGGCUUCUAUCGAAUCUGAUAUCUUAAUUCAUCAAAACUUCUGAAAUGAGUAUGGUUCUCUCUUACACUAUUUCUUUUUGGGGUGUUUUAAAGUGUAGAAAAGUGAUCCUUGAUUUUGAGGAAUAUUCCAGUCAAACAGAAUUAUAACUUGAAAGCAGCAGAAGAUAAUCCUUCAUCCUCUGUAACCUUAUCGCCUCAACGUUAAUAGAUGUUAUAAAAGAGGGGCUUUCAAGGAAGAGAUCACAGCUCAAGUUUCUAUUAUGGUGGAGCCUCUGGAGAGGAGGUGUUCGUAGUGGCAGCUCUGAGGCAGGAAAGCUUUAGUGUGAAGCUCUAUGAAAGUGCACAGGUUAAAAAUGCUAAGGAGCAGGGCAGGGUGCGCUACAACCGGCUAAUUGUCUUCCAAAGUGGGUCUUUGAGGACACGACAGGGAAUGGGAUUGCUCCGAGGUCCCAGCUGAAGAAUCCAAGGAUGGGAAAGUUGUAGGUCAGGCUUAGGCAGACUUGCUUGUAGGUUUACAUUUCUUAAAUGAUGGAUCAAUUUAUGAUUGAAGUUUUAUUCUUUUUUUUUUUAGCUUUCAUAGCAGCAUGAAACUCUUUCUUUGGCAGACAAUCAAUGUUUUAAAAAUACCCUUCUCUGUGUCCACUCUUUUCUUAUGAUCCAUCAGUCAACUGUUUUUUCCUUCCCUUUUACAGCGCGUGCUGUUCAUCUUGUUCGCCAAGUUGACUCCAAAAUCCAAUUAAUUUCGCAGUGUUGGAGGGAAUUGCAGGUGUAAAUCCCGGUCCCAUCUGGAGCUCGUCCAAGCCUGACCUGGUUUUCGCGUUCUACGUUUGAGUGUAGCUCCUGUGGGAAGCCGUCCCCUCUGCUCGCCGGAGAGGCUACGGCUUCCUGGCACAACAGGAGUCUAACUUUACCUAAUCCUGCCUCACUCCACCUCCUCCAAAGAAUUGAAAGCGAGGGUUCCUUCACUUGGAUGAACUGGGGGAGGAGAGAGCACUGCGAAGCUGUCAUGUAAGCUGUCUCCUCUGGGGCCACCUUGUGGUGCGCGCUGCUUCCUGCCUCAGGUAGAAGCCUCCGAGUCUCUGCUGGCGAGGCAUCAGGCAGCUCUCUCUUCUCUUUACUCCCUCCAGCUGAGCAGGCGACACAUCCUCCCUGAAAGCUCCAAAAUGGAGAAGAUCUGCUCCGAGUGCACGGAGCCGACGCUUGCACACAGCCUCUGUACGCUCUGCAACAAGUGGUUGUGUUACCAGUGCACAGAUGUGCACCAGCAUCACAGAGCCUCUACCAACUCGCAAUAUGCAGACUCCUACCAGCAGCAGAGGGCCGGUGCUGCUCAGCCCCAGUGUCCUGACCUGCACUCGAGAGGCGCCAGCUCCCUGCCUCCCCCUGCUCAAGGUCCAGGGUCAAAUCCUUGCUCCCUCUUAAUGUGCCACUCUCACAGACAGGAGCCCUUGGAGCUUUUUUGUGAGUCGUGUGACCUUCUGUGCUGCAGCAGCUGCCAUCUGUCCUCCCACAAAAACCACAGAGUGCUGCAGAUCAGGAAGGCCCUUCAGGAUCAACAGUGGCUGUUUGAGAACCUGAUUGUUCAGGUGGAUGAGAGGAGGUCUGCAGUGGAGAGCAGUGCUAAACAGAUAGAGGACAGACUGCAUGAAGUCAAGAUUGCACACAGGAAGGCAGAGAACCAGAUUAAAAUGGCAAAGAUGAUUAUGAUGAACGAGCUUAACAAACGAGCCAACCUAUUAAUAGAGCAACUGGAGAAAAUUUCGCAGGACUUUCAGCACAGUCUGGAAGACCAGCUGCAAGGGGCAAUAGAGAUAUGUGGCCAGCUGGACCAUAUUCAGAAGUUCGUCACCUGGGCCACGACCCACCACUGCAGAGGGCCGGUGCUCUUUAGCAGAGCUCUGAUUUCCUUCCAGAUGCAGCAUCUGCUCGAGGCGUCUCUCCACUUUGAUUCAUGGAGUCCUGUCAAAAUCAAAUUCAACUGGGAUGCAAGUUACUGGACCAAGCAGAUUUCCUCCUUAGGCCAGCUCACUGUCGAGGGGGGGACAUGCCCCCAUCCGUCAGGCUUCACUGGUUCCAGUGUGAUGAGGCCGCAGCCAGUUGCAUGUUUUGCUCUUCCAACCAUGUUUCACAGAGGCCGAGAGCAAGAUUGUGGCUACCAGACCUGCUGUGAACCUCAACUGUGCUGCCUUCAUGGCAUUCCCUCCAAGUCAGACAUGACCAGCUUAGACAAAAGCCAGGUGGAAACCACUCUUUAUAACUCCAACUUCACUCAGGAUGCACUUCUGUCUGGUUCUCUGCACCAGAACCAGCAGCUCCAAAAAUGUUGGGAUGCGGAGAACUCCUUGCAAUAUCCCACUACUACAUCUCCUGUCAUCCAACUUUCCUGCAGCCAAGGACCGGUUACAGAACCACAAGUCGCUGACUCCCUUGCUCACUCUCAUUCUGUAUCUUACACCGCAUGUCAUGAACAUCAGGGAGAAAUUCUUCCAGACAGCCAAACUAAGCUAAACCGUAGCCGGCAGGGUCCGUGCAAGGGGAAAUUGUUGCUCAGUACACCUUUGCUGCAAGAGCUCAGACACAAAGUUAUGGAUAAAGACAUUCCCGCUGAAGAGAGCUGUGGGGAGAGACUCAGAGCAGAAGAGACUGGUGGACAAACAGGGAGUGAAAUCAGAGAACUGUUGGAUGCUGAGUUAGACAGGAGGGAGCAGAGUCCUCUCCAGCCACAGCAGACUCAAGCAUCAAUAAAAACCGUUGACCUGCAGAGGACCAGACUGUCACUGACGCUCAGAGACCACGGCAUUGGCAAGAGAUCGCCGUCCCUGGAGGCGCCGGCGACAGCCCGCAUGUGUGCGUCUGACGAGCAGGGUGGCAGGCCGGGCCUCGAUUCGGAGGGCUCCAGGAGGAAGAGGCGCUCACGCAGCAUCCCGACAGAGCUGGUGGCUCCAUCUACCAGCUCCUACUGUGAUCAUCCCACAGGGCGCUCCAAUGGUCAAAAUACAGGAACUGCAAAAAAGGAUGAUGACACGGAUCACAGACAGAGAAGAUCCUCUGAUGGGGUGCUUUGUGGCAUCAAGGAAUCUUCAUCCGACGUUGUUGCAUCCGGCAGACUUCAGUCUCCCUCAAUGUCUCAAAAAAUAGAUCCAGGUCAAACAGCAGUUGUGACUAAAGAUGCUGAAAAUGGAGCCAAAGUAUUGAGUCACAGAGAUGUUCCAAAGGACUCCAUUAAAAACAGAGUACCAGUGGUUUGCUUAGAGCGCCUCAAGAUCCUUGUAUCACAGCUUCCACCUCAUGGGAGAAGACAGAGCGACCCUUUACCUGCCAGUGGGACGGAGAAGUGUGAAGCUGUCAUAGUAGAGGAGGCAACGGGAGGCCCUGGAAGGAGGACCACCUGCUCCUUUACGGUUAAACAGUCAAACCCCAUCAGUACUGACUUUGACGUCCACAACAGCAGAGAGAGACUCAGGUCUCACAAAUCCUCCACUCUCCUUUCCACUGUUUCUAAAUAUGUGCCACAGAGUGACUCUGCGCUCGACCUAGACUCAGACUCUGACCCCAGGUCAGGCUCGGAAGAAGCUGUUGUUUCUCCUGUUCAUCCAAAUCAACGCCUGGACUCAGAGGCAUCAUUGGAGUCUGAUCCAAAUGUACAGUCUUCAUCGGAGGCUGAGCUUGACUGUGCAGCUGGGAGCAAAUCAUCCCCUGCAGGAGAGAUGUGUGGGGAUUCGGAGCUGAGCCUUGAAUAUGAAGCUGAUCCAGAGUCGGAUGCGGCAGCAGGAUCGGAGGACAAUCAAGGGCUGGAUGCUGAAGAAGAAUCAGAGGAUGCCGAUACGGAGUCUGACAUCCUGCCUGAAUACCGGCCCACCUUCCUGGCUUACACGGAUUCAGACGUGGUGUCGGAUCAGCCUGCGGACUCUCAGGAAUCUGUGGAGUCGGAGCUCGAUGUAGAAUCGAACGCCGAGGGCGCAACGGAUGAUCCACAACCGCUACGCUCUGACGUUGAAGAGGAGCCGCAUAUUUGCCACGGUCAGAGGCCCCUUCUCAUUGCAAAUCCCGCCAACCACGGGGACCCAGAGGAAAUCCAGUCUGAGCGUGACAGUGCAGAGAUGGAGAGCGAGGAUUUCUGUGCGGUCUGUCUGAUCGGAGGGGAGCUGCUGUGCUGCGACCGCUGUCCCAAAGUCUUCCACUUGUCCUGCCACGUCCCGCCUCUUUUGAGUUUCCCCUCAGGGGACUGGGUGUGCAGCCUGUGCAGAGACGCCAUGCAGCCAGAGGUGGAGUACAACUGUGAGAAUGAAAGAGCUCCUGGAGUUCUGCACGGACUCUCUGCAUGUGAUCAGAGAAAAUGUGAGCGGCUGACCCUCCUGAUCCUUAGCAACAUUUUGAGCACGCCGUUCCACGAGCCCGUCAGUCCGCUUGCUCGCCAUUAUUACCAGAUCAUCAAGAGGCCGAUGGAUCUGUCUGUGAUCCGAGCCAGACUGAGUAAAGGGAAUCCCGUACAUUACACUUCCCCGGAUCAGUUUGUGGCUGACGUCUAUCUCAUGUUCCGUAACUGUGCUAAAUUCAAUUACCCGGACUCUGAAGUGGCUCAAGCAGGCCGCAGCUUGGAGCUGUUCUUCACCUCGAAGCUGAAGGAGGUUUUCCCCGACAGAGCGUUCCCAGUGGCUGAGGCAGACUCCGACAGCGAUGAGUACGACGAGGCCUGCAGGACUGCUGAGGGCGGCUUUCCCUGGCCAGAGAGGAGGGAGUGCCACAGAAAGAGGAAGAGGAGGCAGUCCCUUAAGUCAAGGCGCCAUUACUUCUAACCAGAGGUGACUGGAAUCAAAGGGGGGGGGCCGUUUGGUCUGCAUUACACAGCCUGAUUUACCGGCCUGUGGUAUGACGACUGUGUUACCGAGGCAACGGGGUGGUGUAGUGUUUAGCCUGAUGGCAGACGUGCUUCUGUUUAUAUCUCAGUUGGGGUUUUUGUGUUUUGCAUGUCCCUCUUCAGUUCUGUACAUCAGCAGCUCUAGUUAGUUUAACUGCUAGCUGGAAAUCGGCAAAAAGUCUGGAUGAGUGUCUGUGUGGCUGAAAGGUCACCACCCUCUUAAAGUAUCUGAGUAACAAACAGAUGAUCAAAGCAACCGUGUAAAAAUGGAUGCAUACUCAAUGCUACAUAUUACUGUGAUGUAUUUUCCUGACUGUCACGUUGCUCUUACAGCUAUGAAACAUGUGAAAGUUGGCUGAAAAUUGGGUCGUGGAUGCUUCAUCGUAUGACAUUUUAGCUGUUUGCUCUUAAUGCUCUGCACUGCUCACUAUUCUAGAUACUCUCAAAGAACCCUAUAGAAGUGUAAACAAUAGCACAGAUAUAGUAUCGUGCAGAGGAUGCUGUAGGAAGGUGUUCUUGCAUCGAAAAUAAGUGUUUUCAAAGGGAAUUUAUUGCUAAUUAGAGCGCACUUUCAGUAUUUUCUGUUAGCUUUUAUAAUAUGCGGCUUUUUGCAGAAUUUCGUUCCACUUAACGUAUUGACUUAUAUUGAUGCACAAGAUAAUAGCUACCUUCAUAACAUGUCCUGUUUGUCUGUUACACUUAAAACUAUAAGAAAUGGUAAAAUCUCACCACAACAAAAGUUUUAUUGUGAAAUUUUGCAUCAGUACCAGAACAAACGUAAAGAAAUCUACCUUUUACAUCGACUUAUAAUCAAUCUGGAUGAAUAAUGAGUCGUAUUCAAGUAUUUCACACCUCUAAUAGUUUAAUGCCUCAAGCUUAAACGCUAAAUAUUACUUGUGCUAUUUAGUUUUGGACAUUUUGAAGGAUUGCUAGCUAAAAGUAGAGCUAUACUGUUGAGGGAAAACAUAGCCUGAUAUUAAAAAUACUGAGCACUUCAUUUGAAACAUGCUUUUAUUGUCUUCAGUAGCUUAAAGUAGACAUUUCUCAACUUAUAAUCACUGCACAAAUAGUAUUGAAUAGAUUUCAUGUUUUGAAGUGAUGAAGGAUUGAUUUUCUAGAUUUUUUUUUACUUUUGGAGCACAAUAGUUCAAUUCAUUUUUUCCUUACAACUAAGCAUUCAAGAACGUCACAGGAAAUAUAUGUCUUCUAAUUUCAGUGAUUAUUGUAACAGGAUUUUGACAGUGAAAGCAUGUAGAUAUAACUCACAACACUUAGAGUAUUUUAUAGGUCGUUUGUGCUGAAAGCAGAAUUUGCAUAUGCUUUGUAGUUGUUGUUUAAAAGCAGUAAUGUUUAAAAGAAAUGUUGCAUUUUUUUAUUUAAAAGAAACAUUUUUCAAUUUUGAAUUUGAGGGAAUUGAAUAAAAAAAAAUGUUUGUACAAAUUACUUUCCGUUCAAUGAAAGUAUUUUACUUUCCUCCAAUUCUUUGCAGUUUUGCAUUUGGGAAAAUGAUUUUGGAAUUGCUAAAACAUGUGUUGGGAGAGUCUUGAAAUCUUUUAAUAAGAGAUACAAAAACGUGUCGUAUUUCAUUGAAAAAACUGAAAACUUUUGUUAAAGAUUUGAUGUUUUGUACUAUUUUCAGUAAAGCAUUUACUGUAUUUUCUUGUUAUUUUACGUUUAUCGGGUAUCUGCAAUUACUAAAAGUUAUAAAAGAUAAAUUUGAGUUAAAAAUACAUUUUUUUCUAAAAGCAUCUUUUUAUAUAUAUGUAUAGAUAUAUGUAUUAUACCAUUGCUUGAUAUUUCUGAGAGGUUUGGAAAUUCAUCCUAAUAAAUUAUCAACAGUUUUAAGUUUC